UACCUGGAGCUCAGUCCGGGAUAAACCACUGGGUGAAGUCUAACGUGAAAAUUUUGAGGUUUUCGUGGGCUUUCCCAACAAUAACUACCACAAUAAUAAGCUGCAGUAAUAAUGAUUAUUCUGCUCGCUGGAAUUUUAUGCUUCGGUGAAGCCUACGGAAAUCCAAUAAUGAACGAAUUAAAACCACCUGAAACAGUAUCGAUGGAAAUGAGAGAUAAAAAUUGGACUCCAGUGGAGAAUUCGUGGUCGCCGUCCUCGAUGAGCCGGCUUUUACGUUACGUUGAUUCCGACGAUAAAAAUGAAUUGCUUUUGAUGAAAAAGCGUAUUGAUAAUAUUGAGCGUUCACAGCGUGAAAUUUAUGAAUUGCUGAAAAAAGUAUCAAGUAAUUGUUCAUCGCAUAAUUGUCAGACAAAAAAAAGAAUCCAACCGCAGUCUUCUUUACAAAUUAAAGAGGACGAUAAACUUAUGGCAAUUAUCUCGAAAAGUUUGGCCUCCUCAACUUCCUCUUCAACUUUUACUUCAACUCUGGAUUCAGUGUCUUCGGUUGGAUUUGCAUCGUCUUCAGUUCCCACUACUUUUACUCCCUCUUCGACAUUUUCGUUACCAACUUCGAAUAUUGAUUCGACAAUUGAAGAUGCCAAGUUUUAAACAGCGCUCUCAAGUGUGGAAUCAAACUAAAUAGAUUAAACUUAAUAUAAGUUCGAGCAAUCGUACAGUUAAAGAGAUAAGAGAUAAGAUUGGAUUGAAAAGCGCAAUAAAUGUUGUACAGUAUUUAUUUUCCUCUGUGAAUUUAUAGACAAUGUCAAGAUGCCAGCUUAAAAGAAGUCUCACCGACAGACAAUGAAAGUAAUUUUAAAUUACCCACUGGUGACAUUCGAGGCACAUCUGAUUAGCUAGAUUGUAUUAUUACAAUCGACAACACAUUCUGAAUGUAAAUAAAAGUAUUAUUUAACGUCUAUACUAGCAGUUCAUUAAAAUACUCAAUAUUCAGAGCCACUUGUCGCGGAUAUAAAAUUAAAUUUAAAAACAAAUAAAAUUUAUUUCGAGCUGCUACGACUGAGUUCAAGUAUAUUUUUUUUUAAUACUUUUUACGGC